GUAGAAGGCACUCCGUUAAGAAGAGGGUUCUGCAAGGAAGAAAGGCACUCCAUAAGAAGAAAGUUUCGUAGGGAAAAAAGAUAUUCCAUAAGGGAAGGUUUUGCAAGGAAAGACACUCCGAAAGAAGAGAGGUAUCUUGCUUUGGGGCAUCUUGGUGCUUUGCUUUGGGGCGUCUUGGUGCUUUGGGGCGUCUUGGUGCUUUGGCGUCUUGAUGCUUUGGAACCAAAAGACAAAGUUCAUCUGGAAAAGAAUUCAAAAUGCCAGCUCCAAAAACUUGCUUCUAUCAACGACAAUUCCAAAAAUGACGAUGACUUUGAUGGCAAAAUCACUUAA